GUGUGUGUGUCUGUGUGAGAGAGAGGGGAGGAGAGAGAGAGAGAGAGAGACAGAGACCUUCCUUGGCCUUCUAUGUACCUGGGGACCACUAAUCCUGACCGGGGUGUGGGGGUGUGUGUGGGGUUUGCCUGCCCUUCUUCCUCGUCUUCCCUCCUGUGUCGUAGGGGUUGGAAUCGAUGGUGGGAAUGAGAAAGACUGGGAGGCCAAUGCCGGCAAGAUCACGCUCAUUAAGAAGAAAGGGAAAGUGAAGGCUUUGGAUGAAGAAAUUAACAAACAGCAGGAUAUAGAUCUGGACAUUGAGUUUGAUGUGCACCUUGGAAUUGCGCACACCCGCUGGGCCACCCACGGCGAACCUAAUCCAGUCAACAGCCACCCGCAGAGAUCAGACAAAAACAACGAAUUUAUUGUUAUCCACAACGGAAUAAUCACAAAUUACAAAGACCUAAAAAAGUUCUUGGAGAGCAAAGGCUACGAAUUUGAAUCGGAAACUGAUACCGAAACCAUCGCAAAGCUUGUCAAGUACAUGUAUGACAACUGUGAAAGUGACGAUAUAAGCUUCACCACCUUGGUGGAGAGGGUCAUUCAACAGCUGGAGGGGGCUUUCGCUCUGGUGUUCAAAAGUGUUCAUUAUCCUGGCCAGGCAGUUGGCACAAGAAGGGGGAGCCCUCUACUCAUCGGAGUUCGGAGCGAGCACAAGCUUUCCACCGACCAUAUUCCAAUCUUGUACCGGACAGGUAAAUCGCCCCAAGCCGAUGCUCUGAUUUUUCAUGUUAUGCCUCCGUAGCUUCCCAUGUCAACA